GAAACAGGGUGCCUACAGACUAGUCUAAUCUAUGAAUUAUGUAUGCGCGCAUAGGUCAUUAAUAUUAAUGGCGCGCGUAGACCAAUCCGCAAUGAAAUAUAUGGCGUGAUUUGAGCAUCAAUAAUGCAUGAACGCGCGUAAGCCAAUCACCAGCGCGCAUUGCCCAAAUCGGGGCGCUUAUAAAGCGGUGUUUGACACCGCCAAGCCUCUUCGUUCCAAGAUGGCGACGGUGCUGUAACUGGAGACCUCAUUGUGACUCAUUCCUGCGAUUUCGUGCUAAAUCCUGAGGGUUAUUCAGAUUUAGGGACAACGUCCGAUCGACAUCCUUGGUGCGACCGGUUGAGGAUGACUUUGCAGUGUUUCCUGUGUGAGCGUACAUUCAACACGAAGCAAGGCCUCUGGAGGCAUCGCAAGCUGGUGCACGGCCCCCCUGUGUAUCUGUGCUGCGAGCAUUGCGAGUACCGGGACAAGCGAAGGGACAACUUAACCCGACACGUCCGCAUCUGUCAUCCACAGAGCGUGGUUAGCCAUCCCGAAUUCAAGAAAGUCGGAAUCAUGGAGGGACGCCAAGGAGGCAUCAAGAUGCCGGUUUCCAUCAACAGAAAGCUGCUUCCUGGGAAGUGGGGGCACGGGCCGCAAGCAGAGGCCCCGGCCCCAGCUACGGCGAGUCGGCCGCCGAGGAGUCCGUCUAGAGAGGCGGUUAUUUCGCUCUCGCCCUGUCCCAUAUCACCCUUGGUAGGGCGCACAUCAUCACCCAUCAUCCGUCUCACCGGAAAGCCCAAGGCGUACCUGAGCCAACUGUUGGAGGCACGAGGUGCAGAGACGUCCAGAACCCCUGAAUCUAUGCCUCCUCUCAGCCCAAUCACACAGGCUGGAUCUGAGCUGGAGGAAGCCGUCGACGAGCCACCGGUGAAGAGGAUGCGGCAGGCCAUUGUUGAGGAACGCAUAUUCCGCAACACCUACCUAGAUGGGAAACUGGUACACGAGGAGGUGUCUCAUCACAAAUACAAGAAGGCGGUGGACGCCAAUAUCUACGAAGUACCAAAGUAGGACAACGGGAGUACAAGAAGUUUAAUGAACAUUAAUGACUCUGAAAUUUGUGUACUUUUUGUGUGAUUUUGCUUAAUUAUGCAUGAUUCUACUUAUUA